AAGACAUGCGCAGUUCGGUGUUUGACCGUCCUACAUAAUUCUGCAUAAAAUAAUAGUAAAUAUAUUUUCAUCAAGUUGCUCUGACCGCGUUCUAGCCCAAUAAAGGACCUCGAGGGAUUAUUUAUCCUCGAUAUCAUAAGAUCAACCCACCCACGGUUGUGAGGCUGCAACUUUCUUUGUUCUCUGGUUCUAAGAAGAGUGAAAAAUGGGUAAUGAAACAUCACUGCCAAUGGAGCUCUGCUCCAACUUCGACGCUGACGAAAUCAGGCGCCUUGGAAAAAGGUUCAGAAAGCUUGACUUGGACAAUUCCGGGUCGCUGAGCAUUGACGAGUUUAUGACACUGCCAGAGUUGCAGCAGAACCCACUUGUGCAGCGAGUGAUCGAUAUUUUCGACGCUGACGGAAAUGGAGAAGUGGACUUCAAGGAAUUUAUUCAGGGCGUGUCGCAGUUUAGUGUUAAGGGCGACAAGGAGUCCAAGUUGAGAUUUGCUUUCCGCAUCUAUGACAUGGACAAUGAUGGCUACAUUUCGAAUGGAGAGCUCUUCCAGGUCCUGAAAAUGAUGGUCGGGAACAAUCUCAAAGAUACCCAGCUCCAGCAGAUUGUCGACAAGACAAUACUUUUCGCAGACAAAGAUGAUGACGGAAAGAUAAACUUUGAAGAAUUCUGUACCGUUGUUGGCAACACAGACAUUCACAAGAAAAUGGUUGUAGAUGUUUAAAUCUAUCUGAAAAAUAUCACCAAAGGUGGUAAAGUUAUCAAGAAUUUCAGUCAAGCCAUUCAUCAUUUUAUAAGUUUUUUGCUUCAACUUAAUCGAUUAAAAGUUAAGAAUUGUUUGUUGUUUGUGUUCCCUCAAGAAUUUUCUUGUUAAGUUUUUAUUAAAUAUUGUGAUAAUUUUUGUACAUUAUACUCUCCAAGUACACAAUUUGAGUGGCUCUAUAAUGUAAAUGCAGAAAAAAUACGUUGGUGAAUCUAAGUCACUGGUUUUCUAUGGAUGUUUUUCUACUCACAAUUAACUGAGAUGGCAGAGCUUGCCAAAACAUCUUCUAACGUUGAAAAUUGUUAGCCCUUCAAAAGAUGGUUUUUGAUAAUAAAAAAUUCUCUAAGUUUCAAGACGUAAAACAGUUAUUGAGAUAAAAUUAAAUCUUGAGCAUUAAAAAUGUUUUUCCAUCAUGUGCACUUGCUAUUGUUGGAAUCAAACUAUUGAUAAAAUUUUAUUGUAACAUAUUAAUCCAAGGAGGUGAAACUUUUUGGGGAAAAUUCGUGUUGUGCACUAAUCUCUCGAUACUGUAUGAAUGUAAUUUUACUUGAGCUCUUUUGUGCCACUCUAACUUUUGUAAUUUUAACUUGUGUUAGCUUUCAGGUAAUAAUAAUCAGUUGUACACUUAAUCAAAACUUACUCACUUGAUCAUACUAAAUUAGUUUUUGUUGAAUAAGCUCGAUUUAUGUACCAACCUGUAUUGCUUAUAUUUUUACAAAGUUGUAACUCGAUCUUUUCCUCCUAUCGCUCCUCAAAAGAUUAAUCAAUUAAACUGUUUAUACUUUCUGAUUGGGUGUUACCAGAGAGGAUCUCUGUUGUUGCAAUCCUACCAAAUAAAUCAUUAUCAAACAUA